AUGCGCCUUGUGCUGGGGGGACAGAGAGACUCAGUCCUGCCUGGGAGGAGGCAGAGAUCUCUGCUGUGGAUCCCGAAAUGCCAGCCAGGCUCCCGUAAGGAGGAGGAGGAGGAGGAGGAGAGCUGGCAGAGGGCCAAAUCUAGGAGCUGAGAAGAGAUUCGGGACCCUCCCCAGCCACAGCAUUUGACCCGCCCAGGGGGGAGCAGAGCGACUAAGGGUGCCAUUUUGGGGCUGGGGGGUGAUGGUGCCCCUGGGCAGCCCCUCUCUCACCGUCUGCGCCUCCAGCAACCUGCGCCUCGUGGCCCCUGGCCGCGGCUCCCCCCUGGCCUGGCUGAAUCGGGGCCCCGAGUGCCCACGGGAGCCGGGGGGCAGCGGGGGCCGGGUGCCCAGUGCCGUGGAGCGGUUGGAAGCCGACAAGGCCAAAUACGUCAAAUCGCAGCAGGUCAUCAACAGCCGGCAGGAGCCGGCGCUGCGGGGCUGCUCCCCCCGGUUCUCCCCCCGCGGCCGGCGCCUCCUGGCCCGCCAGCAGUGUAAUGAGUUGUGUCAGGGCUCGGAGGUGAGCCGGGAGGGUCCCAGGAAGCUGCCAUGCCCCCAGUCCCCUGUGUCACGCCGGACCGGUGGCAGGCGCCUGCUGAGACCCGACUCGCUCAUCAUCUACCGGCAGAAACGGGACUGCCCGGGGGGAAACAAGGAGAACGCCAAGGGCUCCGGGCUGGUGCGACGCCUCUUCCAGGGACCCCUCAGAGACAAGCCCCCCAGCUCCCCCCCAGCCAGGGGGCUAGGCGAGGGGUCACCGGCCCCCCCGAGCCCUGAGACCCCCAUGCUGUGGGUGCCGACGGAGAAGGAGGAGGUGAGGACGCCAGGUGCCAGCAGCGGCGGUGGCAGCGGCAGCAAGCAGGCGCUGGCUCUGCGUGUCUCCCUGCCGCUCUCGGAGCAGGAGCGGUUCUUCAACUACUGCGGGCUGGACCGGGCGCUGGUGGAGCUGCUGGGGCAGGAGCGGUUCGGGCCGGCGGGCUGGGACAACGCCUCGGCUCGGCUCCCCGCGUCCUGCGAGUCGGAGUCCGGGCAGGCCUCGGGGGCCAGUGAGGGGGAUGCGGGGCUGGGCGAGGAAGAGCCGGACGCCCGGCUGGGCUCUGCCGUCUCGGUGGUGGAGCGCAACGCCCGCGUCAUCAAGUGGCUCUAUGGCUGCCAGAGAGCCUGGGCGGCCACCAAGGAGUCCACCGUCUGAGUGGAGGCAGCCCGGCUGGGGAUGAGGACGGUGGUGUGGGUCUCACUGGCUGGAUGUGGCCCUUCACCCUCGCUGGAUGUGGCCGAUGGGCUGGUGGCAUCCACGGUUCUGGUGCCACAGGGUUGCUGCUGGCCGGGAGGGCCACCGGGUCUACCCUACCCACCCCCAGAGCCACCAGGUCUACCUGCAGUGGGGGCACCCAAGGGACAGAUGGGGAAGGGGCUCCCCUGGGUGAGUUUCUCCCUGUCCCCAGGCUCUAACUGGCUGCAGUCCCCUUCCUGUGACCCAUCUUCAUCCUCCCUGUCUCCAGCCCUGCAACAUCUGCAGGCUGGGGGGGUGGGUAGAGCCUGAGCCCCACAUCGCGAGCAGUGCCCACCCUACAGCCCCCUCCUCCCCAGAAAAGGGGCUGCUGGGGCCAGAGCUGCAUUCAAUA